AUGAGGUUUCUGUUCUCGACGACGUUAACGCUGUUGGCGGGCGUGGUGGACAGCGCAUCGGCCGCAUGUUCAACAUGGGAGAAGCAAAUCAACAUUUCUAUGUGCACCUGGCAGAGCUUACGCGCCAACGUCCUCCACGACACGAUCUACCUUGACGGUGGAUAUCUUUGGUUGCAGCAAGGAUUUGAGGAUGGCUGCGUCAAUUAUGCGAAUGAUGGAAAUUUUCAGGGCUACAUCUAUUCUCUCAACCUUUCAACGCCCUUCAACACCAGUUCCGACUUCCUGACUGUCCUCGACAAUGCAACCAUUGCUGGGGGUACUGCCAAUAAUCUGGCCCCCAAUUACAUAGACGGCGCCAUGUUCUCAAAUCAAAACGAAUUCUAUCUCUACGGAGGCAUGUCUCGUUUGACUAACAGCAGCGAUCCACCCCCUGCUAAUGAGGUCCUUGGGUAUGAAGGCUACCAGUAUGGCGCCUUCCGUAACAAUUGGGGGCCUGGUUGGCACGAAGAAAAUCUUCCAACCAAUGUCACUCGGUAUAUCACUAAUGGCGCAGGUGUCUCAGCGCCGAGUGAAAACUUGGGCUUCUACUUUAGUGGAAUGCGGGCUGCAGACUGGGGCUCGUUCACAUACGACCAGUUCAACGCUAAUGUCACCGCCAAUACGCUGAUAACUGUGGAUAUGUCCACAAUGGGUGAUGCAAGAGGAGUCAUUAACCCGACUGAAUUCUACCAGAACACGGGGCUGAACGCCUCGCAGACUGCGGAAAGCAAGAAGGUCAGCCCGACUUUCAUGGAAACCGUCUCCGUCUACGAUGUCAAAAGUCAGACGUGGUACUUACAAAACACGACUGGCGAUACGCCACCUCAAUUGACACAAUUCUGCUCUGUGCUGGCCAGCGCAUCAGAUGGCUCUUCACAUAACAUCUACAUCUAUGGCGGGUACGAUGGUAUUGAGCUAGACAACGUUCCUUCAGACGAUGUCUAUAUCUUGUCCCUCCCAUCUUUCACAUGGACCAAGGCCUAUAAUGGCACGAGCAAACACGGCCGAAGCGGACACCGCUGCAUCAAGGUGUAUCCAGACCAAAUGCUGGCGCUUGGAGGCGUUCGUGUCGGUGCGAUCGACUGUGUAGAGGGAGGCGUCAUCGUCAACUUUAAUUUAAACAGCCUGACCUUCGAGGAUAGCUACGACCCGGCUAAGUGGAGCGAGUAUAAAGUUCCUGAUAUUGUGACGGCGAAGAUCGGUGGCAGCUCCACCGGAGGCGCAACAACUACCGCCCCCUCAUCAUGGACCAAUUCCUCUCUAUCGUCUAUCUUUGACAAAAAGUACGCCAAGACUAUCACAAACUACUGGCCCUACAACAGCGACAGCGCCAAUACUACGAGCACCGAUACAUCGAGCCACAAGAGCAGCGGUCUCCCCAAGUGGGCCGGCGCAGUAAUCGGCGUACUCGUCGGACUCCUCGUUAUCGGCCUUCUCGUCUUCGGAUGGUGGUUCUUGCGUCGCCGCCGUCGUCAGCGCCCUGAAAGCGUACCUCCUGCCUUUGCCAAGACUGCUGGCGCGCGAGAGGCUGAUAGCACCGAAGUGCGUCAGUUAAUGUAUGGUGGCGGUCCAACCUCCCCAAUUCCUGGGCCCCAGUCAACGUCGACAGGCAUGGAGACGGCUGCCAAUGAGUCCUCCGUGCAAGAUUCCAUGCUGUCGUCGGUGUCUCCUCGUACAGUGGAGUCAGGAGGCGGAACAGUCUACGAGAUGCAAGACUCCUCACCUAUCGAGCUAGCCACGCCGUACAACGUCGCCUCAGACACCCCUGCGACAUCUCCACCCUCAACUCCAAUGCGGUCUCCAGUUUCUCCUACAACCACUGAAGGAGAGACAGCACAUGCCACUCGACCGGCACACUACAGGAGUCCGUCAACGGCAUCCAGUGUGCCCUCCUUGUCCAUUGACAACGUCAUAACGGGCCGGCAGUCGUAUUUCCAAGAGUCCUUUGAUAACAAGACCAUAUCGCGAGCGCGUCAUGGCUCUGAGAUCUCGGAGGCCAGUAUCAGUGAAGACGAGAGGACACAGCUCAGGGGAGAGACAAUUCCCGAGGACGACUUGUAUAUUCGAAGUGGGGUGUAG